AUGCAUCGCACGCACCGGAUCACGGAUCUGGCCAUGCGCGUGGCCUCGUUUGCGUCUUUCGCGGCGUCCGCGACGACGACGACGAAGCCAUCAACGGCGACGCGCAUCCACAUCGGCUCCUGCUCGGACACGGAGGAGUUCCAGCCCAUGUGGUCGACGCUGCGCCGGCGGCGCGGCGACGCCUUCUUCUGGGGCGGCGACAUCGUCUACGGCGACCGCUUCUCGCCCGAGGUCGAGCGCCUGCCCGCGACGUACCGCGCCGCGCAGGAGCUCCUCGGCGCGCUGCGCCCGACGCCGGCGAACGCGUCCAUGCUCCAGGCGCUCUACGGCAAGCAGAAGCGCGAGUCGGGCUACGCGGCCUACGCCGCGUCGCUGGCCGUCGUCGACGGCAUCUGGGACGACCACGACUUCGGCGUCGACAACGCUCACGGCGGCACGCUCGACGGCGCGACGAAGGACGCGCACAAGGCCGCGCUCCUCGACUUCCUCGACCGGCUCUUCGAGGCCCUCGCGCGGCACAACGCGACGGCCUUCCUCGUCUCCGGCGACGUCCACUUCGCGGAGCUGAGCGCCUACGCCUGCGAGGGCGGCGGGCGGCGGCGCGCGGUCGCGGAGCUCACGACGUCGGGGCUGUCGCACGCGUGGGGCUCGCGGGACCCGGCCUUCUACGACUCGCGCGCGCUGCACCGCUUCAAGCACUUCGCCAUGGUCGUCCACCAGUUCAUCCUCCGCCGCUUCGUCUGGACCUACCAGCUCCCGGGGGGGCGGUACCACCUGGGCCUCAACGCCGGCGAGCUCGACGUCGACGCGGAGGCCGGGACGCUCGUCGCGCGCGCGCUCGACCACCGGGGCCGCGUCGCGCUGGAGCGCACCUGGGCCUUGGAGGAGCUGCACGUCGGCGCCCUCGGCGCCGGGCCCCUGGCCUGCGCGCCCGUCCGCGGCGCCGCGUCGCGGCCCGCGGCGGCGCUCGGCUUCGCCGCGACCUACGCGGUCGUCGCCGCGCCCGUGGUCCUCUACCUCGCGCUCACGCUCGCCCUCGCCUACCGGGUCCUCCGCUGCGUCUGGGCGACGCUCUCGCCCGACCGCCUCAGCCGCGCGCGGAGCCUCUCGGACCUCGUCUUUCUCGUCUGA